CCAAUCUUUCAAAAAUAUCUUCCAAAACAAUUAUCUCAAGUAUUAGAACAUUGGCUUUCAGAUGGCACAUUAGAUGCAGAUCAAAAACAAAUCUUUCGAACUUGUGCAGAAUUUCUUCUUCGAUCAACUAAAACAGAUUCCAAUGCUAAACAAUGGAUUAGUCAACAAAGUGAACUAAUUAAUUUUACUGAAAAGUGUUUAAAUGAAAUAGGAGCUUAUGGUUAUUAUAUUGAAAUUGGUUGUUUAGAAGAUCCAAAUUUAGAAUCAUUUGAUUGGCUUAUUCAAGCAUUUGGAAAUGUUCAAUGUAAACAAUUACUUGAUGUUCUUGUUAAAUGUGUAACUAGUCGUUUUUAUGUUGAUGCUUUGCGUGGUUUAAGUGAAGGUAAAUCAACAUCUUUAAGUAUUACUGAGCAUUUUCUUCUUGUUACUUGUCCAAAUUAUAUUGUAACUUGCGAUAGAGAUAAAAGUUAUUCUUCAAAAAUAGCUAAUGAAAUGUUAAAUCAUUAUGAUGAUCUACUAGCACAUUUCCUUCCUCAUGUUAAACAAUGGACUACAUCGAUUAUGUCAUGUUUAUUUUAUCCAAUGAAAAUCGUUUUAUCAACUAUUCCAUCAUUACCAUAUGAACAAAGAAAACCUAUGUAUGAUAUUAUUCUAGCUAUACUUUUAAAUACAUCAACAAGCAGUACAAAUAUUGGAGAAGUACAUGAUAAAUUGAUUUAUACGUCACUUUGUUUAUUAACUGAAAUAGUUCGAUGUGAUAGAGUAUUAUCAAAUGAAUUAAAAAAUAAAAGUGAUGCAAAAUCUGAUUUAAUCAAAGUAUUAAAUGAUUUAUCAAAAUAUGAAAGUAACGAACAAAUACAGUUAAAAGCAAUAGAAUUAACUUCAUUAUUAGUUCCAGAAGAAGAAUUUCGCAAAGAAAACAAUGCAGAACGGGUAACUGGCCUCUUUCUUCAAAAUUUCAAUGCCGCACUUCAAAGUGGAAAAUCUAACAAAGUAAAUGCAGUUCUAAGAGGAUUUAGAGAUUUGGUAGGAAACGAUGAUGUUAAAGAAGAAGUCAUAAAACAAAAUGCAUUACCCUCAAUAAUCAAAUUUGCAAAAGAAACCAAUGAUGAUCCAUUACCAUUAGAAAUAGUCUACGCAAUGACAUUCAACACUGAUGCAAAAAAAAUUAUUUGUGAAGGCACAGAAUUUGUUGAUCAUGUAAAACAAUUACGUGAUUCUGAAAAAAAAGAUGUCUCAAAAAUGGCACAUGGAAUUAUGUGGAAAAUAGAAGAUGAAGAAAAAUUUAAACAAAGAGGAGAACAAAAAAAUAAAGAAAAACCACAAAAUGAUAAAUCUGGAGACGAUGCAUCAAAAGGAAGAUCUGAUACAGAUUCAAUACAAUAUGAUAUGAUGAUUUCAUAUUGUUGGGCACAAAAAGAUUUAUGUCAUAAAAUAAAUGAUCGUCUAGAACAAGAUGGUUAUAAAGUUUGGUUAGAUAGAGAUGAAAUGCGUGGAUCAAUCAUCGAAAGUAUGGCUGAAGCUAUUGAACAAUCACGAUUUGUACUUAUAUGUAUGUCAAGUAACUAUAAGAAGAGUACUAAUUGUAAAGCUGAAGCUGAAUAUGCAUUCAAUCGAAAAAGUAAAAUAAUUCCACUUAUUGUUGAACCUCAAUAUAAGGCUGAUGGAUGGUUAGGAUUUUUGGCUGGUUCAAAAAUUUAUGUUGAUUUUGCUGAUAAAGA